AUGAACGAAGAAAUCACACCAGAUAGAAUUCCUCGUUCCAUGUAUAAAAUUUACUCGCCAAACAUUUAUUUCAGUUAUUUGCCAGGCAGCAAAACACUUCAAAAAGGUUUUCUUGGCAUAACGAAUGAAUUCUCAUUAGUCGGCAUCUUGAAUAUAAGUUUUCCCGCGGAUCAACCAGUCUACAUAAAACAAAUUCAAUUGAACUUUAUUGGAAUAGAAUACGAUUAUUUAAAAGAUUCAAAUGUUGUAGAAAAUGGAAUCUUGACUUUUUGUGAUCUCAAUAAAGUUAUUUGGAAUAGUUCUUCGCAUUCAGAAGAUUACGAAAAAAUCAACGAUUUAGAAAUUCCCUUCGAACUGGAACUCCCGAAUGAGCUACCGUCUUCAAUAAAUAUUAGACAUGGCAAACUCAUGAUAAAUUAUUAUUUAAAAGCUACAAUCCUACGAAAGCCACCUGGUUUAAAAAAAUCAUUACUAAUAGGCUAUAAUAAAACCAUUCAGUUAUACCUUAAAUUAGAUAGAUAUAAAUUACCCUCUCUCUCAAGUCUAAGCUCAAUUAAAUUUGAGAGAAAGUCAUCUUACGGAUUUAGGUAUGAUAUUUGUAUAAAUUCCAAGGUUUUCAGUGCCAAACAGCAAAUUUCUUGUGAUGUAAAACUAGAAUUUUUCAAUCAAGCGUUGUCACUAAAUGAAAUAUUCAUAGGAUUGAAAGAAUAUCAAAAGAUACUAACUAGUAGUUAUACUUCCAAAACAAUCAAACAAUAUGUUUUACAAAACACAAUAAAAGGAAAUCAAGUUCAAGUUGAUGACAAAUCAAAUUCAAAAAAUGAAUUUAAGAUUAAUUUAAAACUGGAAAUACCAGAAAUCAUUUUGCCUAACAAGAAAAACAAUACAAAGAAGAAUAAAACUGAUAAUUUAGUUAAUUGGAAAAUGUCUUCACGUAAUUUCAAGAUUUUUCACAAAUUAAAAAUCAAAUUCAUAUUUGGUGGCGAAUUGUUCUUUAAUCAAAAAGUUGUUAAAUUUGAAAACCCAAUUGAAAUAGUUAAAAUGUUGAAUAGUCACCAGGAACAAAAUUUAUUGUUUCAUAUAUUAAAUAGUCAUAAUGAAUCUUUCCUUCACUUAUACCAACAGCAACAAAUUUAUCGACAACAAGACGGGAACGAGCUUCCUCCUCCUUAUGACUCACCAACAAUCACAGAAACUGCCACCACCACAAGAGCAAUUACUUCCGACAGUUUACUUAAUUGGUUAUCAUCUUUAAAUUUACCGCCAACUUAUGACAACAAUGGCGAC